AUGUCGAUAGAGUACGUGGUGGUGAGCGAGGGCGAACAAGACGAGCCCAUCGAACUGCCCACCGAGGAAGACGGUUCUCUACUUCUGAGCACAAUAUCUGCUCAAUUUGUGGGCGCUAGCGGUCUGAAAUAUCGUGCUGGCGGUCGACUUCGUGGACUUCGUCUAACAGAGGAUAGAGUUCUGCCGCCAGCUGAAGGCUGGGGAGCACAUCGUUAUUUCUGCGCCUUUCCACGUGUGGAUAUACCAACCGCUACCACGAGGCCACGUUGCUCUGACCUCAUAGUACUUGGUCUUCCUUGGAAAACUGGUGAAGAAACAGUUCGAGAGUAUUUUUCUACAUUCGGUGAUUUGUUAAUGGUACAAGUUAAACGGGAUACAAAGACGGGGUUAUCUAAAGGGUUUGGUUUCAUUAAGUUUGCUGAAUAUGACGCCCAGCUUCGUGCUCUCGGUAGACGGCAUAUGAUCGAUGGCCGCUGGUGUGACGUUCGUAUUCCUAACAGUAAAGAUGGCAGUUCUGCAGCGCAUCGUAAAGUCUUUGUGGGUCGUUGCACCGAAAGCCUCACAGCUGAUGACCUCCGUGAAUACUUUGGUGCAUUCGGCCAGGUGACAGACGUCUUUGUACCCAAACCAUUUCGAGCAUUCAGUUUUGUAACAUUUCUAGAUCCAGAGGUAGCUCAGUCCCUGUGUGGUCAGGACCAUGUCAUCAAGGGUGUGUCCGUCAACAUUUCCACGGCCUCCCCUAAGAGAGAGCACAGCGGUCGCUCUCACUUGUUAGGCUGGAGCCUGCUGGAGGGUGCAGCGCCGCGUGUGUACAGCUGGCCUCCGGACGCCUGGCAGCACUCGGCACACUCUGCGCAUUCACAUUCUACGGCACCACCUGAUGCUAAGCCCUACCUCAAAUAUGAGUGA